AUGGACGCCGACGCCAACGCCAUUGCAACAGCUCAACACUUCAUUUUUAUAACGCAGGUCCACUUCUGUGCCAUGUACGCGAUUGUGGUCUGGGACUGGGCAUUCGCUUUACCUAGAGAGUGGCGCUUCAUAUGGAAGACGAACUGGUCCCCAGUCAAGAUAGCCUACCUAUUCUGCCGCUAUUGGGUCUUAACCAUGGUUCCAUACCUACUUUUUUGUUUCUGUGUCGACCAUCCAUGGGAAACUUGUCAGAAGAUCUAUCGAAUUCCGGUCUCUCUCGCCAUGUGGAACCAGGUUGCAGCUGAAAGUAUCCUUCUCAUUCGCACCUAUGCCUUCUUUAAUCGUAGUCGCUACAUCCUUGCUCUCCUCGUUUCGGCGCUGUGUGGGGUUGUCGCAUAUCAGCUCUAUGUCGCGACCUCUCAGAUGCUUCUGUUGCCCUUCGAGCCGGUGACUGACACUGCGGGCCCUUGUUUUCCUAUGUCCAGACCUGGUUCGGCGGAUCUCUUAGGAUUCUUUAUUGCACCCCUUCUCUAUGAUACGAUGGUCACGAUUAUGACUGUUGCCAAGGCCAUACUGAUACGUCGGCAUGGAGGUGGUACUAGCAGCAGACUCAUUCAGACGUUCCUCCGUGAAGGUGUUUUCUACUAUCUUCUGAUCUCCAUCGCGAACUUGGUCAACGGCAUCUUCUAUCUUCAGCCUCGUCCAGUCAUGUCGGCUAUAUGUAUUCCCCUCAGUGUCAUGCUCUCCCCUGUCCUAGCCUGCCGGCUCAUCCUCGAUCUGCGCGAGCGCGGUUCAGAGACGGUUGCCCCAUCUGCAGGCACCAUCGCCUUCACCGCUGGUAUGACCUCCACAAAGUCGAGCCACAAUUCGCCUUUCGGUGCGUUUGGUUUCGGACGCUCAAGCUCCAAGGGUCUUGUUCGGCCGUCGGGUGUCGUUCUGAGCACCAUGGGUGGUCUCCCAUUGGAAGGGAUGAAUUUUGCGAUGGCGAGCGGGCUAGAAUUGGACGAUUUGCAGGCGUAUGGAUCUGAUCUUGACAUCGAGAGCGGUACGUAUCCAGAGGCAGGCAGCGUGGUUAGUGGUAUCAAGGUCGACGUGGAGAAAACGACUAUGUAA